GGGGCUCGCCGAGCCGCCGACUCCUCGUCACAGGCUCAGCUGCCGCGGCCGAGGUGGCGGCGACGAGCGGCCGCCGCGUCCUGCCGGCGCGCGCCCCGGGCCCCCCUACCUGGCCGCUCGCCGAGCCAUGUCGUUGAGCCCAAAGCACACGACGCCCUUCUCCGUGUCCGACAUCCUGAGCCCCAUCGAGGAGACCUACAAGAAGUUUGGCGGCGCCAUGGACGGCGCGCCACCCGGCCUGGGGGCGCCCCUGGGGGCCGCGGCCGCCGCCGCCUACCGCGCGCCGCCCCCUGGGCCCUCCUCGCAGGCGGCGACCGUAGCGGGCAUGCAGCCUUCUCACGCCAUAGCGGGUCACAACGCGGCGGCCGCGGCGGCGGCGGCAGCAGCGGCAGCGGCGGCGGCCGCCACCUACCACAUGCCGCCCGGCGUCUCGCAGUUCCCGCACGGCGCCAUGGGCGGCUACUGCAACGGCGGCCUGGGCAACAUGGGCGAGCUGCCCGCCUACACGGACGGCAUGAGGGGCGGCGCGGCCACCGGCUGGUACGGCGCCAACCCGGACCCACGCUACUCGUCAAUCUCCAGGUUCAUGGGGCCGUCGGCGGGCGUGAAUGUGGCCGGGAUGGGGUCGCUGACGGGCAUCGCGGACGCCGCCAAGUCGCUGGCUCCGUUGCACGCGGCGGCGGCGGCAGCCGCUCCGCGAAGGAAGCGCCGCGUGCUCUUCUCGCAGGCGCAGGUCUACGAGCUGGAGCGGCGCUUCAAGCAGCAGAAGUACCUGUCGGCGCCCGAGCGCGAGCACCUGGCCAGCAUGAUCCACCUGACGCCCACGCAGGUCAAGAUCUGGUUCCAGAACCACCGGUACAAGAUGAAACGGCAGGCCAAGGACAAGGCGGCGCAGCAGCUGCAGCAGGAGGGCGGCCUGGGCCCGCCGCCGCCUCCGCCGCCGUCCCCGCGCCGCGUGGCGGUGCCUGUGCUGGUCAAGGACGGCAAACCGUGCCAGAACGGCGCCAGCACGCCCACCCCCGGCCAGGCCGGUCCGCAGCCGCCGGCCCCGACGCCCGCACCUGAGCUGGAGGAGCUGUCGCCCAGCCCACCCGCGCUGCACGGCCCGGGGGGCGGCCUGGCGGCCCUGGACGCGGCCGCCGGGGAGUACAGCGGCGGCGUCCUGGGCGCCAACCUGCUCUAUGGCAGGACGUGGUGACAGCGAGGGCGCCCCGGGGCUAGGUCCUGGUGCAGCCGAAGGGUCUGCAAGAAACUGCUAGAACGGAUGGGGGAGGCAUGCGAAAACCGACGCGCGCGUGUAAACUGCGAUUCAAAACGAACCGGUCUCAGAGAGGAGCAGGCUGUGAACUUCUUGCUGGGGGCGGGGGACAGCGACAGCCCGGAAACCGAGUAGUGUAACAUUAUGCCACGAGGCUUUGAGGUGGUGAUUUUCUCCUCCUAGAAGUUCUUAAAUGACGCGAAAAGUGGAGAAGUUCACACGGCAUUCUUAACUACAGCUCUCAAAGUUGGAAACUUUGUUGGCGUUUGUAACUAUAAAAAUCAACCCAGCUUUAACAA